GAGCCCAAAUUGAACGCUCGAUGAAAGAAAACAUUAGUAUCUUUGCUCUGUUUGUUGGAAAAGAAAGCACAAAACAAGACAUUACAACGGAAACCGACAACGCUUUAAACAAGACUCGGACGGUGUGAAACGGGAGGAGUUUAUCCGGGUACGGCAUCAUGGAUCAGGACUAUGAGUCCAGGCUUCUCAGGCAGAUCAACAUUCAAAAUGAGAAUGCAAGCCCCAUUAAAGCUGUAGGGGCUAUGCGAGCUCUGACACCCACUAGCUCCCCCCUGUCGUCGCCUAGCAAGCAUGGUGAUCGCUUCAUUCCCUCCCGGGCUGGAGCCAACUGGAGUGUCAACUUCCACCGCAUCAAUGAAAUUGAAAAGUCGCACAAUCAAAACAGGAAAACCAAAGACGGAACAACGGACAGCAACAAAGCGGAUGGUCUUGCCUACUCAGCUCUGCUAAAGAAUGAGCUGCUAGGUGCCGGUAUUGAGAAAGUCCAGGACCCUCAGUCUGAGGACCGCCGUUUGCAGCCGUCCACUCCUGCCAAGAGGAGCCUUUUUAGUUAUUCUGUUAGUGCUAAACGAGCUUUGCCUGAAGAAGAUGGAAACACAGUCUCUCCAUACUCUCUAUCACCUGUCAGUAGUAACAGCCAGAAACUGCUGCGGUCGCCUAGGAAACCUACACGCAAAAUAUCCAAAAUUCCCUUUAAAGUUCUGGAUGCUCCUGAACUGCAGGACGACUUCUACCUCAACCUGGUGGACUGGUCCUCUCUGAAUGUGCUCAGUGUUGGACUGGGUACCUGCGUCUACCUGUGGAGUGCCUGCACCAGCCAGGUGACCCGUCUGUGUGACCUCUCUGUUGAAGGAGAUUCUGUAACAUCAGUGGGCUGGUCAGAGAGGGGAAACCUGGUGGCAGUGGGCACUCAUAAAGGCUACGUACAGAUCUGGGAUGCAGCAGCAGGGAAGAAGCUAUCCGUUUUAGAAGGACACACAGCCAGAGUGGGUGCGUUGGCCUGGAAUGCAGACCAGCUGUCAUCUGGGAGCCGUGAUCGAGUGAUCCUGCAACGUGACAUCAGAGCCCCGCCUCUCCAGUCAGAGCGUCGUCUCCAAGGACACAGGCAGGAAGUGUGCGGCCUUAAGUGGAGCACAGACCACCAGCUGCUAGCCUCAGGUGGAAAUGAUAACAAGUUACUGGUGUGGAACCACUCCAGCGUCCUCCCGGUGCAGCAGUACACAGAGCACCUGGCUGCAGUUAAAGCCAUUGCCUGGUCUCCCCACCAGCAUGGGCUGCUGGCUUCAGGAGGGGGCACUGCUGACCGCUGCAUCCGCUUCUGGAACACUCUGACAGGGCAGCCUUUACAGUGCACCGACACCGGCUCUCAGGUCUGCAAUCUGGCCUGGUCUAAGCACACCAACGAACUGGUCAGCACACAUGGUUAUUCCCAGAACCAGAUCCUGGUGUGGAAAUAUCCCUCUCUUACUCAAGUGGCCAAACUAACAGGACAUUCUUACAGAGUUCUCUACCUGGCCAUGUCCCCUGAUGGAGAGGCCAUAGUGACAGGAGCUGGAGAUGAAACUCUUCGCUUCUGGAACGUCUUUAGCAAGAUGAGGUCUACUAAGGAAUCGGUAUCGGUGUUGAACCUCUUCACUAGGAUCCGGUAGUAGCGGCACCUCUGUGCUACGAGGGAAUGACACUGGGAAGGGAAUUAAUCUUUGCAUGUAUGGAGCAGUAGGUGGCCCUUUCUUGAAGUAUUCACCUCAGUAGUCUGCAGAGGGCCCCCCUUGAUUGCCCUGAGUUUUUUGGCCAAGUUGUAGCUGGAGGUGAGGAAGAACUGAGGAGGUGUGCAGCCUGAGUGUUGAGGGUCGAGGGUAUUUACACACAAACAUACAGUAUUCUAGUCUCCUCCAACAGACCAGUUAUCUCCGAAGACAGAGAAUUUUCUGAUAUUUUUGUUUACAGACUGGCAUUGUGCUUACCUGCCAAAUGAUAAGUUUGUCCUUUUGAUUGUCUAUUUAUUUUAUUUUGUUUCUUUUUUUUUUUUUUUUUUUUUAAAUAAUUUUAACAUAUUCUUACCAGUGUGUUCAUUUUCUUUUUUGUGUGUGACUGAGGUGUUGGUUGUAUCUGUGGAAAGUGUUUGGUUCUGUUUGGCUCUGCAGAAAAUAUCCAAACCAAUCUUUUUAGUUCGCUGAGAGACAAUAAUGUUUCAUGUUCACUGAUUUACAUAUAACAUAAUCCUGUCUGACACUAUCUUCAUUUUAGUCUGAUUCAAAGAAACGGUAUCCUCUCAUGUAAAAAAAAAAACAAUGUGAUGGCAUACAACAGAUCUGAGUGGAAAAUAAUUUGAACAUGCUACAAAAGAGAUUUUAGUAUGACCUGUAUGGAAGCCUUUCUUUGUCUGUUCUCUUAAUUUAAAAUCAGGAUGGGAACAUUAACGUGAAAACACUGGUUUUGUUAACAGCAACAAAAGCAGCAAGUAAAACAUUUGGGAUUUAA